UGAAAAUGUCGGACCGCAAUAUACGACUUGGCGAAUCCGUUUUACGAACUGACGGAAGGCACUUUCCAAUUUAUUUAUUUUUUUCUCCUCGCAUUCGUAAUUCCCGUCGCAUCUCCGCUCACGUACGCGUCAUUCUUCACGAUCUGUUAUACUUGCACGGUUCCACCUCAUUAGUAUUGCCAUCGGCCGGGCGUCUAUUAUGUCCCGAUGUUUGUACUCUCAUUUUUAUCCCGAUCAUCCCAGAGGCUCUCAUACGUAUGCUAAUAUUACACCAGGUAUGGACACCUAUAUCUAACGCCACUGCUACCUGUUUAAUUCCUUUGGGAGAUAGGAAUAGUUUUUAAAAAAAUACUCUUUCUUUAUUUUGCGCGCAUUGAGUCACGAUGGAAAAAUUUUCCUGUCCCAAAAAUGAUCGAAUUUUGUACGAUAAUGUGUGACUGAAAUUAUUUCACGUAAAGAUUGCGGAUAAACGUUAUUACGGUAGUUCGGCAAAUUAACUUAAUAUGUUCCAGAAAACUAAUGGUCAGAAUCGUGCUACAGUAAAGUCAAUUUUUGCAAACGUAUCUCCAUGUUUUCUUGUGCUAAUAAAGAUUCUCUAGCUUCCCGAGCGCUCUGCUAAGAAUACUGUGCUCGCGAUACUUUGGGCAGGGCCCAUACGAUACCGGAUGCAUUCCUCUCCCUACCUGGCCGGGACAAAAUGAGAACCCCAGCGCGGAACACCUGAAUACUUAAUAAACGGAUAAAAUUAACAUUAAUAACAACUGUCUGUGGCUGAUCCACAUCUUAUCCGAGGACAAACCCAGCCGGUAGACCCACGUGAUAAACGCCUUACGAUACUCGGCCGGGUAGGGCGAGUCGUCAGUUUUUCACGUCGUUUCUACUCGGCAUGUCGAUGGGUGACAUCAGGGUUAACGAGGACGUGCUGUUUGUGCUCGAUCGGGUGCCCGGGAUGGAGCAAAAUUCGGAGGAAUAUCGCGCCGAGCCGGCGAAGAACGAGUCCGAAAACGAGAGCAACGAUGAAGAUUACACGCGUUCGCCAGUGCUACUGGAUUUAGACGAGAAUUCGAAGCAACAGCAACAAAAGACAGCGAGUCGAAAAGCGAGCUCGCCGAGCUCCGCACCAAUAGUGAAUCAACAGGACCAAGGAUUGACCCCAGACGAGACGACGCGGCCGCAUGCUAUAAGGGACAGAUGGCAAGAAACGAGCUACGAGACGCGCGGCCAGCAGAAUCCCGAAGGGGUGCUCGUGAUCAGAGUACCGGAACCGGAAAUAAUCGGCAGCCAUCCGCAUCUCGAGAUGCUCCACGAGGCUAACAUUAAGUCGGUGCAGCGGGAGUCGUCGCAGACUGAGAAAGGUGCGGCAAUGUCGAAUUGCGCGUCGCCUGACUACAAGAAGUCGGCGUGCGAUCGCGAGCGGACCCGAAUGCGCGACAUGAACCGCGCAUUCGAGCUGCUGCGGUCAAAGCUGCCGAUAUGCAAGCCGCCCGGCAAGAAGCUUUCCAAGAUCGAGUCGCUGCGCCACGCCAUCACCUACAUCAGGCACCUGCAGAGUCUGCUGGAGCCGCAGUACAGCUAUGUGCCCGGCGUGCCAGAACGCGCCAGCGGCUACUACGCGGCCCCACCGGGUCCGCCGACGUCUUUCGAGGUGCAACAUCCGCCCGCAACCCGAUGGGAGUCCCUGGCUUACUACCGAUACGAUUAUCACGCGCCCUUCACCACCCCGUCGCCGCCGACCUUAGUACCGCCCCUGCAGCCGAGACUGCCGGUUGAUCAGGAGGACCGACAGUUCUACGAAGCACGUCACUAGCUCAACGCUGCGAGAACGAAUUCCGUAAAAAAUGGAUGGAUUUAAAAAGUUGAUAGUUUCUUUUGUAUACGAUUUCGAGAUAUUCAGCCUUUUAGGAUGAAUAAACAUUCUUGAUGAAAAACGCAAGAUCUUUACCUUCGACAAAGGAAUUGGAAUUAUUACUUUAAACUUGGCAAUUUUUAUCACAGACUUGGAUCUGUUGACCCCGAAAACAUUUGGAUAUUAAGAAUCAUGUAAAUAGCAAUUGUUUUAACGUGUACACGUAUGCAUUAGUAAUAUUCGAUGUGAAAAGAAGUUUCAGAAAUUUAUAAGAUAUUGCAAAAUAAUUUUCAUUGCCAAUUUUUAUACGGGAUUUACUUCUACUGAGUGCAAGUUUUUGCGAACGAAACAGUAAACAUUUGGAGAAAAAAUCCUGA